AUGAAAAAUGCUUCUCUAGACGCCGAACAGGGAACAGAUCACAAUGGUAGUGGUAAUGACAACGAAAUUGAAAAUGUUAAGGAAAACGAAAGGGAAACAAACAUGCUAAGGAAGAGCUUAUGCUUGUCAAAGAACAUGUUCGUGGGAAAUGACAUACUAACGCCGUUUAAUUAUAGCCUCCUUGCAUAUGACACGAACAUAAAUGAAAGAAUUGCUAAGGUGGAGCAGGAUGAGGAUAAGAGAAUAAAGGAUUUAAAAGAAAUAUCCACCUUGGCAAUUUCAGAUGGGACAACCACCAAGAGUCAAGAAGAAAUGUACAAGGAAAAUGAACUGAAUUCAAGAAAACAAAACUUGAGAGAAAAUGUUAUAAAAAAAUUAACGUCCAUAAAAGUGAAUAUAAACAUGAAAGAAUUGGAUGAAUAUUCUUCUGUUAAAAAAUUAUAUUUAAAAAAAAUUGAAAAGGAUGAUGCACAAAGGGGAAAGGAAAGAAAGAAGAAAAAAAAAAAAUCUUCCAUCAUAAGUAGCAUUAUAAAUGAUGACACAGUUACGCAGGACGAUAUAGGACAUGAUUUAAACUACAUGAAGGAAAGCCUGAUAACCAAUCAGACGGGAGAGUUGGCCAAAAAUAAUAAUGAAAAGAAUAGCAUUUUACCCUUUGUAAAUCAGCCAAGAAAUGAAGUACACAGUGGACCGAUUAUAAAAAAGUCGGACGACAGUGUACUAAGUAGUGAUGCGCUGAAGAACAUAAAAACGUUGGAUAUUUAUAAAAAAAUAAAAAAACCCAAGUGGCACUUUCCAUACAAAUUAUACAGAGUAAUUUUAGGUCAUUCAGGGUGGGUAAACUGUGUCGACGUGGACAUAAGCAACGAAUGGUUUGCAACUGGUGCAAAUGACAGGUUAAUUAAAAUCUGGGAUUUAGCAACGUGUAAAUUAAAAUUAACCUUAACUGGCCAUAUAAAUAGUAUACGUGAUAUAAAAAUUUCAAAGAGAAAUCCUUAUCUAUUCAGUUGUGGGGAAGAUAACAGAGUAAAAUGUUGGGAUUUAGAAUACAAUAAAGUGAUAAGAGAUUAUCAUGGACAUCUGUCAGGUGUGUACUGUUUAUCGUUACACCCGUCGUUAGAUGUGCUCAUGAGUGGGGGUCGUGAUGCCGUAGUGAGAGUUUGGGACAUUAGAACAAAGAGCUCCAUUUUUGUAUUAUCAGGCCAUACGGGGACUAUUAUGUCUCUGUGUUCGCAAUCUGUUGAACCACAGGUUGUGUCGGGGUCUCAAGAUAAAAUGAUAAGGUUGUGGGAUUUAAAUAAUGGAAAGUGUAGAAUAGCAUUAACACAUCAUAAGAAAAGUAUUCGGUCACUGUCUAUUCAUCCUUUUGAAUAUAGUUUUUGUAGUUGUGGCACAGAUAAUGUUAAAGUGUGGUGUGGAGCGGACGCUGAAUUUGAUAGAAACAUUACAGGCUUUAAUUCGAUAAUUAAUUGCAGUUUAAUUAAGCAGGACUCCUAUUUUAGUGAUUCGUCUAUUUUAAUCCUGGGAAGUAACAAUGGCCAGCUGCACUUUUACGAUUGGUCCAGCGGUUAUAAAUAUGACACGUUAUCAAACAAAGUGGUCCCCGGGACCGUCGAGUGUGAAAAUUCCACACUAGCCAUGGCCUUCGACAAAAGUGAAAGUCGCUUGAUAACAACCCACGGGGAUAAGUCCAUUAAGAUUUGGAGAGAAAAUGAAGACGCGACGCCCGAAAAUUUCCCCAUCAAGUGGAACCCCUACGAGAGCUUCAAAUUUUGA